CCAAUGGCCAUUCCUGUAUAUUUUCUGACAUGUGUACAUUGUGUUUAGUUUGCUCGAACGUAAAGUGUUCAAUAUUAUUGUCAAAUUAAUUAACAAUGUGUUUUUUUCUUAAAUAAAUGAACUGUCUUACAUCAUGCCAAAAUAUUUAUGCAUGGAUUGAACCGAACUUUAAUUCGCCAUACAAUCCUGCCUUAUAUUAAUAUAAACAAUAAACUUAUACGUACAUUUAUAUAUAAUAACAAAUUGAUUUUUAACGAUAAGAUAAUGGAAAGAAAAAUUAAACGUAAAAAUUCGAACAAAGCCGUAGCAAUAAUUGCAUCACAAAAGAAACAUUGGUCAUUAGGUUUAUUAGAUUCCAUGAAAGAUCCGACUCUUAAAGUUAUCGAAGACGAUAGCAUAGUCGUCAUUAAGGAUAAAUAUCCGAAAGCAAAAUUUCAUUAUUUAGUUUUACCGAAAGAAAACAUUUCAACAAUAUGGAAAAUUACAAAGAGUCAUGAAAAUCUUCUACGUCAUAUGGACGAUGUUGCAGAAGAAUUAACUAAAAAACAUCCGGAACAUGAAUUCCUUAUCGGGUAUCAUUCUAUGCCAAGUAUGCAAAGAAUGCAUUUACAUGUUAUUAGUACCGAUUUCAACAGUCCAUGUUUAAAAACUAAACAACAUUGGAAUAGUUUCACUACGCCAUUUUUUAUGCAUUCCAAAGAAUUAUGUAAACAAUUGAAAGAAAACGGGGUACUUAAAAAGAUAAGUUUUACAACAUCAAAACAGUAUUUAAAUAGCGAAUUAAAAUGUCAUCGGUGUCCGAUAAAGCCAAAAAAUAUGCCAGAAUUAAAAAAACAUUUAAUUUUGCACGUGUCAGGAAAGAAGGAAUAAAUAUUUUGUUAUAUUUUUAUCCAUCGUUCAACUGACUGUUAUUUCAUCGAUCAAAAAUUUGAUAUCGUUGGAAUUUCCAGUAUCGUCAGAGUAUAAUUUUAAAUUCAUAUUAACUGAAUUUUGUACGAAUCAAAUGGCAAUCAACAUUUCAAGAACUUGUUUACAACCAAUUAGCGAUAUGUAGUAAUAUUUAUCAAUCAUGGAUGUAAAAAUAAAACGUAAGUAAUGGAAUUGUAAAAAUAGAAUUUUAUCGAGAUAAAAUAAACGUUUCGAAAAUAUUUUUAAAACCCUCCUCAGUGUUUAAACUUAACUUAUCUCGUUCAAUGUAAUUAAAAAUUAACAGAUAACGUUAAAAAAUAUAUUUAAUACGAAACAUGAGACUUUUUCAAGAAAUAAGCUAACUAAAGAAAACAAAAAUAUUAAUUUUCAUUAAUUAAUAGAUAAUAAAUUGAACAAAUAAUAGAUUAUAAAUAUCGGGAAAUUAGGAUAUCGAUAUCUUGGAAAUGGUGUUGAUAAAUAAAUAUCAGUCAAAAAUAUGUUUCGGAAAAUUUACUAUAAAUAAAUUUGAUGUUAAUAGGUUUUCGUCGCCUAUAAUAUCAAUUACGUGCUAACUAUUUACAGUCUUCUUCCUUAUCCUGUAUCUAGAAUUUAAUGUCUCUGUGUAUAUUUUCGGUGCAUGAAAGAUGUAUACGUUGUGUAUGCGUGUUUGUUGUGUGUGUGUGUGUUUGUUGUGUAUAAGCGUAAUCGAGUACGAAGAUAAUAGAGUCCGAUGUAAAAUGUCGAUCGUGUAUAUCUUAAAUUCUGUAUACAUUUAGUAAUACUGCAAUGAAUAGUUUGAAGCGUUUCUAUCGCAUCGAAACAGUAGUAGUAGUAGUAGUAGUAGUAGUAGUUAUAGUAGUAGUAGUAAUAGGCAUUUGAAAAUUCGCAAGUAUUUUGCCUGUUAUUGCUUGCGUGGAUCACGGAAAAUGAAUUUCGAUCAAUCAUCCGUGAUACCAAUUUACACACCACUGAUAAUAUUUUUCAAAUGAUUUUCAUUCCUCUUUUUGUUUCUUUAAGUAUUCAUCUCCACGUUGGCGCAACAUUAACGCAUUUAAUCCAUGCGUGUUUAUACAUAAAUUAAUGAAAUUAUUAAAUUAUAAGCUUAAUGUGUGUGUUUUCCCUUGAAACUUGUCGCACGCUCGCUUAGAGGCGUCUUCGAGCAGGCAUCGAUUCGCGCGAACAAUAUAUAUUAUUUAUAUUUUCAUUUAUAAUUAUUUAUUUAAACUACAACUAUAUAAUACAAAAAGGAAAACUUUAAUACGACGCCGCUCGAAGCACAUAGGAAUCUCGAUACCAUAAUCAUCCGAAGAUCCACCAUACCAACAUUUUCACUUAAUACAAAUAUCGAUGAUUUAUUAAAUCUAUAACGAAUCACCUCGUUCUCCUAUUUUACUUUACUUUUACACGCGCAUCAUAUAAUAUAUCUUUUCUUUUACACUUACGAACAAUUUUUUUUACUGACAAAUUUUUUACAGUGAUUUACAUAAAACGUAGAAAGAAAAGAAGAUAAAAGAAAAACAAAAGAGGCAGCUUAGCGUAAAGGAUUUAUAGCGUGCGAAAUAACGCUUUGGUAUGUUUCGCGAAUGAAUAGAAUAUGGUCACAUUUAACAUAUCUACAAUAUCCUGAUCGAUCGAUCGAUCCGGAGAGAGAGAGAGAGAGAGAGAGAGAGAGAGAGGAGGGAGAGAGCACGAAAAUGAAAA